AUGCGUGAAGAGAUAGCCUGCAUGUCGCACCUUCAGAUCAUGGAACCCGAAGACGCUGAUCCAACCAAGCUAGAUUUCGAUCCGUUCAAUGUGACCAGGUUUUGGCCGAGGAAACAGUUCCCAAUAAGCAAGCCCCCCCAUCAUUCCAACCGUGAUAACUUCCACCGAGACGUUGGACAAGUAGCUUUCUCGCCAGAUAGCUUGGUUCCGCGAAUCGAACAUAGUCCCAGCCCCCUGCUGCAAUUUUCUAUGUUCCUCUACCUUUCACACUGUGGUAGCGAAACCACUUAA